AUGCCCAUCACCCAGGACAAUGCCGUGCUGCACCUGUCCCUGCUCUGCCGGUGGCUGGAGAACAGCCUGCGGGAGGGCGGGGACGGGCCGGAGCAGCGGCUGUGCCAGGCCGCCAUCCAGAAGCUGCAGGAGUACAUCCAGCUCAACUUCGCCGUGGACGAGAGCGCGGUGCCCCGUGACCACAGUCCCCCGGGGAUGGAGAUCUGUACCGUGUACCUCACCAAGGAGCUGGGGGACACGGAGACUGUGGGCCUCAGUUUCGGGAACAUCCCUGUCUUCGGGGACUAUGGAGAAAAGCGCCGGGGGGGCAAGAAGAGGAAAACGCACCAGGGCCCCGUGCUGGACGUGGGCUGCAUCUGGGUGACGGAGCUGAGGAAGAACAGCCCGGCCGGCAAGAGCGGGAAGGUCCGGCUGCGGGACGAGAUCCUCUCCCUGAACGGGCAGCUGAUGGUCGGGGUUGAUGUCAGUGGGGCCAGUUACCUGGCUGAGCAGUGCUGGAAUGGCGGCUUCAUCUACCUGAUCAUGCUGCGGCGCUUCAAGCACAAAGUCCAGUCUCCUUACAAUGGCAACAGUAGCAACAGCUCAGAACCAGGAGAGACACCCACCUUGGAGCUGGGUGACCGAACUGUGAAGAAGGGGAAAAGGACAAGGAAGUUUGGAGUCAUUUCCAGGCCUUCUACCCACAAGGCCACCGAAGAAUCCAAGAGCAGUACCGGCCCCACCUCUGAGCUGGACAGUGGCCCAGACCCUGAACUUGGAAAUGGCCAUGCCUUUGAGCUAGAAAAUGGCCCCGAUUCUCUCAAGGAGGUGGCCGGAUCCCAUCUAGACAGGUCAGAAGUGGACACAGGGACAGAGCAUAGCGUUCCAAAGACAGACACCGCUCUGGCCCCAAGCAAUGACAAAUGCCACUUCUCAAAACCUGGGAAGACGGACUUCCAGUCAAGUGACUGCCUGGCACGGGAGGAAGUUGGCCGGAUAUGGAAGCUGGAGCUGCUUAAAGAAUCCGAUGGGCUGGGAAUUCAGGUUAGUGGAGGCCGAGGAUCAAAGCGCUCACCUCACGCUAUCGUUGUCACUCAAGUGAAGGAAGGAGGUGCCGCUCACAGGGAUGGCAGACUGUCCUUAGGAGAUGAGCUGCUGGUAAUCAAUGGUCACUUACUGGUCGGCCUGUCCCACGAGGAAGCUGUGGCCAUCCUUCGCUCAGCCACGGGAAUGGUUCAGCUGGUCGUGGCCAGCAAGGAAACCUCUGCAGAGGACCUCCUGCGGUUAACAUCUAAGAGUUUGCCUGAUCUGACCAGCUCGGUGGAGGACGUGUCCUCUUGGACUGACAACGAAGACCAGGAGCCGGACGGGGAAGAAGACGAGGGAACUGGCUCGUCUUCCAUUCAGGGGGUGAUCCCUGGGGCAGGCGAGCCCCAAGACUGCGGCUCCGAGGACUGCAAGGGAAACCUGGAAAGUCCCAAGCAGGGCAGCAGUAAAAUGAAGCUGAAAAGUCGCCUUUCAGGGGGUGUGCACCGACUAGAGUCUGUUGAAGAAUAUAACGAACUGAUGGUGCGGAAUGGGGACCCCCGGGCCAGGAUGCUGGAAGUGUCCCGCGAUGGCCGCAAGCACUCUCUGCCCCAGCUGCUGGGGUCUUCAGGGACAGCGCAGGAGUACCACAUCGUGAAGAAGUCCACCCGGUCCCUGAGCACCACGCAGGUGGAGUCCCCCUGGAGACUCAUCCGGCCCUCCGUCAUCUCCAUCAUUGGGCUGUACAAAGAAAAAGGCAAGGGCCUUGGCUUUAGCAUUGCUGGAGGUCGCGACUGCAUUCGAGGACAGAUGGGGAUUUUUGUCAAGACCAUUUUCCCAAAUGGAUCAGCUGCAGAGGAUGGAAGACUCAAAGAAGGGGAUGAAAUCCUAGAUGUAAAUGGAAUACCAAUAAAAGGCUUGACGUUUCAAGAAGCCAUUCAUACCUUUAAGCAAAUCCGGAGCGGGUUGUUCGUGCUAACAGUCCGCACCAAGUUACUGAGUCCAAGCCUCACGCCCUGCUCAACACCCACACACAUGAGCAGAUCCAGCUCCCCGAACUUCAACGUCAGUGGGGGAACCCCAGCGGCGGGCUCCGAUGAGAGCGGCUCUUCGUCCCUGGGGCGGAAGGCCCCUGGGCCCAAGGACAGAAUUGUCAUGGAAGUGACGCUCAACAAAGAGCCCAGAGUCGGACUGGGCAUCGGUGCCUGCUGCCUGGCUCUGGAGAACAGCCCUCCGGGCAUCUACAUCCACAGCCUUGCCCCAGGGUCCGUGGCCAAGAUGGAGAGCAACCUGAGCCGCGGAGAUCAAAUCCUGGAAGUGAACUCGGUCAACGUCCGCCACGCUGCGUUAAGCAAAGUCCACGCCAUCCUGAGCAAAUGCCCCCCAGGACCCGUCCGCCUUGUCAUCGGCCGGCACCCUAACCCAAAGGUUUCCGAGCAGGAAAUGGAUGAAGUGAUAGCACGCAGCACUUAUCAGGAGAGCAAAGAGGCCAACUCCUCUCCUGGCUUAGGUACCCCCUUGAAGAGUCCAUCUCUUGCAAAAAAGGCCUCCCUGGUCUCGGAGUCCGAGCUUGCCCAGUACUUCGCCCAGGACGUCCCGGGCCCCUUGUCAGACUUCCUGGUGGCCGGCUCUGAGGACGAAGACCACACGGGGAGCUGCCGCAGCACCUCCGAGGACGGCAGCCUGCCCCCCAGCACCCCCACUCACAAGGAACCAGGGAAAGCCAGGGCCAACAGCCUGGUGUCUCUAGGAAGCCAGCGAGGCUCCGGGCCCUUCCACAAGCAGGUGACAGUUGCCAGACAAGCCAGUCUCCCGGGGAGCCCGCAGGUCCUCCGAAACCCUCUCCUCCGCCAGAGGAAGGUGGGCUGCUACGACACUGACGCCAGUGACGAGGACGAGCUGGAGGGCGAAGGGGACUGCAUCUCCCUCCCGGGGACCCUCCCAGGGCCCGGCAGGCCUCUGACAGAGGACGACCCUAGGCUUGUCUUGACAAACUCUUCCAAGGUCAGGGGUGUCGACAACCACGAGGAACAGCCCCAGAAGACACUGGUCAGCAAGGCCUCCUCGGUGCCUCUCUUUGGCAGCUCGUUGAGCUUGGAGGAGAGGGUCCCAGGGAACUUGGGGAGCACUGCUUCCCAUGCAGCCAUCCUGCUGUCCUCUGCAGAGGCCCCCAAGGGUGGCUCUGGCUGCUCAGAGAGGAAGGAGCUGUCAGGAUCCAGGAGUUCCCCCAAACUGGAGUGCAGAGCCGAUACCCAGAGCCCAGCAAGCACGGACGGCCCCGGCGCCCCCCAGCAGAAGACCAAAAGCCUGGCGUCCAGGCACAAACCAGUGGCCAGGGUCAGCCCACACUGCAAGGGGCCGGCGGCCGAGGCCAGGCCCAGCGGGUUGGAGCCAGCACGCCUGACUGAUGGAGCUAAUGACCCUGGUGGUCUGGAAUCUAAACUCCAGGCCACUGCAGUCCAAGUGACCACGACUGGUUUGCGACCAGGGGGAACCAUGGAAAAGGACUCUCUAGGGAAGCUGACCAUCGGGCAUGGGCCCCACCCAGGUGCUGGUCGCCUCCCAGACAGCCUGCCCGAAGCGGAACCCGACCAGGGGCAACAGCCCAGGAUGGGACUGGACGGCUCCCCAGACCGCGUCCCCUCCCCAGAGCAGAAGGGGGCCGCUCACCCUGACCCCGGCCAGACCUCAGCAGACACAGGACAUGUGAGGCAGUCUGGGGACCCCAGAGAGGCCUUGUCACCCAGGGUCUCCAAGUCUGAGGACAGAUGCCACCUCAGCCUCGCCGGGGACCCCAGCACACCCCCAGGGAAGAUGGCAGCGGCUCACCCUGACUUCACCACCUGGAAGGCAGCUUCGCCCAGAGAAGCAGGAUCCGGGGCCGAUGGGGCAGCUCCGGCCAGCGCCGCCCUGUCACCAGACCUGCACGUGGGCCAGGAGGAGAGACAGGGCGUCCCGGGCGACCAGAGCAAAGUCCCCGCAACAGGAGUCCUCGCAGCCGCGCACCCCCAGGAGUCCUCCCUGCUCCAGGGGACAGGCUCCGGGCCCGCGAGGGCGCCGCAGGCCAGCCCCUCGGGGCCGACCCCUGACCAGGCCUCGGCGCACUGCAGCCUCGCGGAGGGGGGGGGCCCUGGGGCUGGCGGCGGUGGGGCCCUGCAGGAGCUGGUGGCGGCUGAGGGGACACCUCCGGGCAGAGGGCGCCAGGGCGGCGGGGACCAGCCCCCCAGCCCGCGGAGGGCGGGCGCACCCGCACCCCCAGCCCCGCAGUGGGCGGCCCAGCCCUCCGUCCUGGGUUCCAUCAACCCCGACAAGCAUUUCACUGUGAACAAACACUUUCUGAGCAACUACUCGAGAAACCUGAGCGGUUUUCAGGAGGACAGCGCGUCGCUGUCGGGCCUGGGCGACAGCACAGAGCCGUCCCUGUCGUCCAUGUACGGCGACGCCGAGGACUCGUCCUCUGACCCCGAGUCGCUCCCUGAAGCCCCGCGGGCUCGCUCUGGGGACAGCCGGUCCCCUGCCGGCUCCCGCGGGCCUUCCCGCAGGGAGGACAGCGCGGAGUCUGAGGAGGAGCAGGUUGAAAUCUGCUCCCCAGGCGGCUGCCCGGGUGCUGCUCAGGCGGCCCCCAGCCGGGCUCGGGGCAGAGCGCGGCCCAGCGCCCCGGGCGAGGCCGGGGGGCGUCCACGCCAGGGCGCCCCCUGCGGGCCGGGAGCCUCGAGCCCUCCCGCCCCGGACCCCCAGCCGCCUCCCCUCGCGGCCGUGAGCGCGCAGGGGCCGGAGCCUCGCGCGGACCGCAGACCCGCGAGCGGGGAGGCGCCAGGGGACGCCCCCAGCCCCAGCCCCAGCCCCAGCCCCAGCCCCAGCCCUGCCGUGGAGAGCCAGCCCUCUGAGGUCGCCCGGCCCUCCCACGGCCUCCCGGCCGCGCUCAGCUCUCCCAACAUGGUGAAUGGUCUGGGACACGAUCUGGACGGUGACACCCCAGAGAAGGAACAAGAAGCCAGUGUGAGCGCAGCUGAAAGCCAGUCCUGCGCCGGCGUGGGUGUCCCCAAGAAUGGAGAACGCGUCUCGGCACACCCGCACAGCUCUGACAGCCGAGACCUGGGGGACCCGCUGCAGAAGCCCAAAGCGGUCUCCAGGAGGCCCAUCAUGGCCUGGUUUAAGGAAAUCAACAGGAGUAACCAGGGCGUGCACCCCCAGAGCAGACCCGAGAAGGCGCAGUCUGUGAGGCCAGCCAGGGGGCCUGAAUCCGGUGGUCAGGUGCCAAGCACCGGCCACAGAAAGGGGGCUGCGGUGCCGAGCAGCCCCCCUCCACUGGAACUGAAUCUUGAAAAUAAAGACCCACCUAAAAAAAGCCCAGUGGAAACCCUUUUAAACAACUGUCCGAAAUCCAGAUCCGGUCCGAAGCUGAAGAAACUGAGCAGCAAAAGCAAAAGCAAAGGCAGUUCCGAGGCCCCUGGGGCUCACACGGCCAAGGCCAGCGGGGCAGACCCCAGGAAGCCCCUGGUGUCACCGCAGACGUCCCACAGGGUGCUCUCCAAGGCAGCACACCAGUCCCAGGUAGCUGGCCACGAGGAACCCAACAAACAUGCCACAGCCACCGUCAAGCCGCCCCCUGCGGCCUCGGGGUCCCUGAGGCUGUCGGCGUCCGACACGAGCAUCAGACCUCUCAUUUCGCCCCUGACCUCCCCCAAGGCCCUUCCCGAGCAGGGUGCAGGCAGUAGGCUCCACACGUCUGUCCAUCCGGAGCUCGAGCGAGGCUGCCCGGCCGCCCCCGGAGCUCACAGGUGCGGGCCAGAGAGCCCGGCGGCCCCGGGAGCCAGUCCCACGACGCCGAGGGGCAGUGUGUCCACAGCAGCGCCCCGGCGGGAGCCCCCCCUGCCUGGGCAGGGCCAGCAGCUCGCAGGACCAGCAGCGGCCCAGCCUGGGGUGACUGGUGACAAAGGAAGCAAAACAAUUGCUGGUGAUCCCCCAGAAAGAACAAACCCGCUGAGAAUAGUAGAGAUUUCUUCUGAAAGAACGCCAAAGAAUGCAGGUGGUGACAUGCCAGCCAGAAGUGACAGGCAGGGAGGGCUCCUGGCCCAGAGCAGCUGUCAGAAGAGUGGAAUCAGACUCUGUCACCAGGCAGCAGACUCGUCCCCGAGCCACCCAGCCGCGCUCGCCAGCUGUGCCUCCCAGGUGGAGCAGGACGUGCAGCCCCCUUUCAGCGUGGCCAGACUGGUCUCCCCGCCACAGCUGCCUGCCAAACAGGCAGGCCCCUCCCCGGGCAAGUCGGGCCAGGUGUCAGACUCCCCGGGGACGCCCAAGAACGGCACCCCGGUGGCCCCAGCGCUGGACGACCACCCCUAUUUCAUGCCAAGGCCGGCAACCAGGACCUACUCCAUGCCAGCCCAGUUCUCCAGCCAUUUUGGACGGGAAGGGCCCUCCCCUCGGGACAGCCAGGUCCCCGGGACAAGCUGGGUGUGCAGAGGCAGUGCUCUGGGCCUGGCUGCCGGACAGGCCGUCUGCAGUGUGAAGCCCCUGCUGGAGACGGCCAGGAACCUUCCCACCACCGACGAGGGGGGUGUCCUUUCCGUGCAGGACACGAGCGGCCUCGUCACAGACAAAAUCAGAGUCACCAGAAGGCACUACUACUAUGAACAGAACUGGCCCCAUGAAUCUACCUCAUUUUUCUCUGUGAAGCAGAGGAUCAAGUCCUUCGAGAACCUGGCCAAUUCUGACCGGCCCGUGGCCAAGUCCGGGGCUUCCCCUUUUCUGUCUGCAAGCUCCAAGCCUCCCAUUGGGAGACGGUCAUCUGGCAGCGUGGUUUCAGGGAGCCUCAGCCACCCCAGUGACCCGACAGCGAGGUCACUGAGACGCAGCCUGAGUUCCUGCAGCGAAAGCCAAAGUGAAGCCAGCACUCUCAUCCCCCAGAUGACCAAGUCCCCAUCCAGCGUGACGCUGACAAUCUCCCGGCAGACUCUGCGGGAGGCCAGUAACAAGGGCACUGAUCCGGACCCAAAGAAAUCACUCGGUCCUUCCGGAAUUCCCACCCCAACAGUGACCCCGGCCUCGCCCACCAAGAGGAACAAGUCCUCGGUGCGCCACACCCAGCCCUCACCUUUAUCCCGCUCUAAGCUCCAGGAGCUGAGGGCCUUGAGUAUGCCCGACCUCGACAAGCUGUGCAGCGAGGAUUUCUCUGCAGAGCCCACGGCCAUGCUCUUCAAAACAGAGCUGGAGAUCGUCCCCCGGCGGUCGCUCGGCUCCCCUGCCGGGGCCCUCAAUGGGUCCACUGCCCUUCUGUACCCUGUGACGGCGGGGGACAGGGCCUGUCCAGCAGGAAGCAGGCCCAAGGCCAGUGAGCCUGGGGCACCCAGUUCAGCCAAUGAUGGGAGUGAAACCACCCAGGAUCUGCCUUCCAGAAAAAGCUGGUCCGUUAAUUUGGAUCAACUUCUUGUCUCAGCGGGGGACCAGCAGAGAUUACAGUCUGUUUUGUCAUCGGUGAGGUCGGACUCGACCGUCCUAACUCUCAUGCGGGAAGCAAAAGCACAAUCAGAGAAUAAAGAAGUCUGCUUCAUAGUCUUGACUAAAAAAGAAGGCUUGGGUCUGGGAUUCAGCGUGGCAGGAGGGACAGACGUGGAGCCCAAACCGAUCGUGGUCCACAGGGUAUUUUCUCAGGGGGCUGCUUCUCAAGAAGGGACUAUGAACCGAGGGGAUUUCCUUCUGUCAGUCAAUGGCGCCUCACUGGCUGGCUUAGCCCAUGGGGAUGUCCUGAAGGUUCUGCACCAGGCACAGCUGCACAAAGAUGUCCUCGUGGUCAUCAAGAAAGGAAAUGACCAGUCCAGGCCCUCCACCAGGCGGGAGCCACCCACAACCAACGGGAAGGGCUCGCUGUCCAAGAAGACCAUACCCCUGGAGCCUGGAAUGGGGAGAAGCAUAGCUGCGCAUGAUGCUCUGUGCGUUGAAGUACUGAAGACCUCGGCCGGGCUGGGGUUAAGCCUGGAUGGAGGAAAAUCAUCCAUGUCUGGGGAUGGGCCCCUGUUCAUUAAAAGAGUGUACAAAGGUGGUGCAGCUGAACAGGCCGGAACAAUAGAAGCUGGAGAUGAAAUCCUUGCCAUUAACGGGAAACCCCUGGUCGGGCUUAUGCACUUCGAUGCCUGGAAUAUUAUGAAGUCUGUCCCGGAGGGACCUGUGCAGUUAGUAAUUAGAAAGCACAGGAAUUCUUCAUGAAACAAGCAGGAGUGGUGACACAUUUUUUAACAAGAAUCUCCUUUUCUCCGUUCCCU